AAUAUUUGUUUUAGGUUUAUUAAUUAUUGGAAAAAUGGAAAAAAAACUACAGAUUUAUUAACAGAUAACAUUGUUGAAAUAUAUAUGUAAUCUUUGCAAUAUUUAAGAUACGUUUAAAACUUUUACGUUUGAAACUCGCGCGUUCGGUGCUUCGUGAAGUAGCGCGCGAGUGGAGUAGCAUGUGACUUGCACCACGUGAUCUUUCGGGCGCGUAAUACGUAACGCAACGCAGUUGUACCGAUUCCCGAAUCACUUUACACCCGCUUCAAGGCUGCUCCGUGUUUCUUGCAUAUUUUACCUGUCGAAAGCGAAUCGUAAGUGCAAAAAAGUAUGUCAGAAUGCUAAUUGAACAAUAUGCGGUUGUUGUAAACGUGAUCAACCGUGUACGUCAUGGUUAAUUACGAUAAUUGUCCCACGACAUUGCAGGUGUGCACCGUGACGGAAUCGGCGGUUGCAAAUUCAAAAUGGCCAGUGCUACAAUUGUCGAUAAAUACCUGAUCGGGAGAGCACAACAGAUCGAAGGCGCGAUCACGAUCGUCGACUUCGCGAAAGUGGAGCAGUCACGUGAGAUCCGGUCUCGGGCGAACGGGAAAAUAUGAGCAUCUCGUGAAGCCGAGAAAAAGCGGAGGUUUUCAUCUGGGUGGCAUCAUGGAGACCGAGGAGCUUACUAGACUCGUCGACGAGAUCUACAAGAAUAUACUGGACAAGUUCAACCCGGGCGCCAGACAGCUGAUCAACGCAGGCAAGGCGUAUCUGAAGGCUCUUCACGGAUCUGCUGCGGCAUCGCGAGUUUACGUUGAUGCUUUGUCUCGAUUAGCUCGUCAAGCUCAGCUGGGAACAUGGGGAGGUUCGAAGGAUGUGGGUUUUGCGCUAAUGAGGAUCGUCGAGGUGUACAAGGAGAUCCAGGAGCAGGAGAUGAACAUUUUAAAAGCAUUCUACGUGGACCUGUUGGUGCCUCUGGAGACCAACCUGGAGAAGGACACGAAAGUUGUCCAGAGCGAGCAGAAGAAGUUUCUUCAGCAACACAAAACCAGAUCCGAGACCUACAGCAAGGCGGCCGCGACUAUGAAGAAGCACAGAAAGAAGUCCAGGGCGGCUAAUAAGAGCGGCCUCGCUAUGGACAAGGAGCUGAAGAACAUGCAGAUCCUGGAGGAGGAGAAGACCAAGCUGGACGCCUUCUGCGAGCAGAGCUUGAAGAACGCGAUGACUCAGGAGAGACGACGAUACGGCUUCGUGCUGGAGCGACAAUGCUCCUUGGCGAAGCACUAUGCGAGUUUCCAUGAGGUUGCACUGGCCGCGCUUCAUCCCUCGGUUGAUAAAUGGCGCGAGGUCGCCGCCACCAGGGAAUACUUGCCCCAGUCGGUGGAGGACAUGUUUGCUUCCAGACUCAGGCAAACGUCCUUCUGGCCGGAGGAUGAAGAGAACGGCGGCUCCGAGCUGACAACGAUGAGCUCACAGCUGCGGAAGACCCGCAGCAUGGACAGCUCCUGCCUGGAGCUGCGGCUGGGCCCGCUUCCCGGAAAUCCGCCGUCGUCCAGCAGCCACCUCGGUCCAAUGCCGCAUCUCCCCGCAGCUCUCUCCAGAGCGCGGUCGGAGGCGAACCUGCACGCCUCGACAUUAUCUCUCGGCCCCGACGUUCCAGAGACUCCACCCCGGCCACGAUCUAUGGCGCCCCCCGCGUCCCGUAACAGCAGCGGUGGCACCGGAGUCGGCGCCGGCGGUUGGGGGGACGCCCCUCUCGCCAGGGCUCUCUUCGCCUACCUCAGCUCAGGGGAGAAUCAGCUGAGUUUCCUGGAGGGUGAUCUCAUCGCUCUGAUGGGAGAUCGCCAGAAGGGAUGGCAGUUUGGCGAAAACCUGCGCACUCAAAGCACGGGGUGGUUUCCCCUGGCGUACACCGAAAUUAUAAUCGACGACACUUUGGGAUCGCCGAGCCACGCAGCAAGCAACGGCAGAACCCCAGAGCCACAAAGUGUUCCGCCAUGUAAGCCGCCCGCCUCUCGACCGCCGGUCACGCCGGCCAGUAUCGAUGAGCCAUCCGGAGGAACGGUCGGAAUCGGCAUCAAUUCUGCUGGCAACAGCACUAACGCCAACAGCAACAACGGCAGCAACGUCGGCACACCUACGAAUAACGCGAGUGUUUUGGCGACUCCAACCGCGCGCCAAUCGAAAUCGAUCCGUCCAUCGGGCACGCUGCCCGCAGUGCUAGCCGGAGGGAGAAGGGUGCAGCCACCCGUGCCCCCAGUGCCACCUCCGGCGAUGACGUCCCUCCACAGCAGCAACGACAGCGGCUUCUCCAACGAACCUCCCGUGCAACCCGACGUCGAUUACAGCGACGAUGAGGCUCUGAGACAACGACGCCGCAAGCCGCGAAGCGGAGGGGACCGUCUGCCCCCAAAGGACGAGAAGGAGUCGAAGGACUGGGAAAACGACUCCUGGAAGACGAUCCCACGGGACGAGAAGUCCUGGCACUUGUAUCGCACGGCGAUGGAUCUCUGGGCGGAAUCCAAGGCCAAGCAGGCGACCGAGGAGACAAAGAAGUACUUUGAGAUGGAGAAUGGUGACUUCGCGCUGGAGAACGGCGACAUGACGAAGAAGAGAAAGAGUAAGAGGAUUACGCAAGUGCCUAAUGAGCGGCCUAGCCCGAAUCAGCGCACCAAGAUAUCAGACGAGCGGAACGUGCCCGCCGCUACACGCCGCAGCGAUCAACGACACUUGAACAAGCGGAUGCAGACGGAAACCGAGGAGGAAUUGGAAGAAGAUGAAGAGGACUUCGGCGGCGAGUAUCGCGGUAACAAGUUCUACGCGAACAAUCAAGAAUCCCAGGAUCGAAGGAGAGGGAACGACUUUGAAACGGGCAAAUACGGCAAGUCGAGUUCGUCGUCGGUAUCUGAUGACGAAAGCACCAUCACGAUUCCGGAACCGGGUCGCAAGGUCGAGCACAUUGCUCAGAAGCUUGAGCAGACCGCGCAGAAGUACGCGCGCGAGCACAGUCCGCCCAAGUUCCUGGAGCGCCGCGAAAGAUCAGGCGUGACGGAGUACAAGACCCUCGAGAGGGAAAUGCGUGAAAUGGCUCAUUCGCGCGAUCGUCACGAAAGAUCCGCUGCGGAAUAUAAGAGCCUGGAGCGCGGCCGAGAUGGCCGAGAUGGUCAGAAGGGCUUUGACCAUGGCCGCGACGACAAACGCUCACGCGAGGAGAAACACGCGCGGGACAACAAGCACACGCUCGAGCGAGGCUCUCGCGAAGAAAAGCAGAGCUUCGAACGCGCGAGAGAAGAGAAGCAAAGCUUCGAACGCGUGAAUAGGGAGAGCAAGCAGAAUUUUGAGCGUUCAAGAGAGGACAAGCAGAAUUUUGAGCGCGCGAGAGAGGACAAGCAGAACUUUGAACGGUCAAGAGAGGACAAGCAGAGCUUUCAGCGACCUCGUGAUGAGCAUCCUCAGUCGUAUGAGCGGGCUCGCGCUGCUAGAAACGAGCAAGAGCGUGCGUAUAUUGAGCAGCGAAAGGAAGUGAUGGGUUACGAGCGGACGUUUGAGAAGAAUCGUAACAGGACGAUAGAGCGAUUAUCCAGUCGAAGAUUCGAAAGGCCGCGACCACCGUCCCAGGAAGCCCCAGAAAGACCCAUGGGGCCUUACCGAGAGCGUAGAUACUCUGACAAAGAGGAGGCGAUUUACGGAGAGACCGGACGAUAUGGCGUGGGCUCUCUUGAGCGAGAUCGCGGCUACGAAUCGAAUUUCGAGACGAAGCUGGAGAGAUCCAAGGUGAUCGAAAGACACGGUUAUCACGCGGGCAUGCAUGGUUCGGGUCUGCAGAAGCGAAACGCCAUACCCAGAAGUAACGAGCGAAGCAACGGCGACACCAACAACAACACGCUCAAAGUAGAACGGAAGCCUCUACUGCCGCGACAGGCGACUGCUAUGGGCCAUCUCGCGCAAACCGGAAGAGCUUUUGAAGAGCCGAAGAGCCCAAAGCUGGUCAAGCGAACCAAGUCCUUCUGGAAGUUCCGUCGAGACUCGGAAGUACUGGAGGGCAUGGCGCUCUGGCAGCAUCGCUCGCUCGUCGACAUCCCGAAGAUGAUCCGUAAAGAGAAGAAGAUCGCGGAAAACGAGGAAAAGCAGAGGAACUCUGACGGUGGCAGUCCGAACUCGAGUCUGGGCAGCGAAGGUACCAUCACGAAUGACCACCAGCACGAGGAACCGAAACCAGCCGAGAGGAGUCACGUGCCGGACAAGGCGGAUUACGCCUUCGAAGACAUGCCGACGCCGGCGGAGCGCCCUAAGAUCACGGAGAGGUCAGACUAUAGAAUGCAGCAGCAGUCGGAGGAGCGCACGUAUUUUAUUGGCAACGUGUCACGGAAGGCGAUUAUCGAGAAAGAACGGAGACGCAGUCUCGAGGCGAAACGAAACAUGAUCGUGGCCGAGUUAAAGGAGAACAACGAGAGCAAGCGGAACGACAUGAUGACGCGCGGUAGGAGGAAUUAUGACGAAGAGGAGGACGCGACGCUGAACUUUAGCGAGACCGAGGCCUCCGACGAGGAGUCCACGUACAGCUGUAUCGUCGUGAAGGAUCAGAGCAUGCCGGAGAAGACGUUGCUGCCGCGGACCAAGUUGAGAAGAGAAUCAGAUCGAGAUAAGAACACUUGUGGACCCUGGUAUGACCUCUGGGGCGUGGACGCGUCUGUGAAGAAGAAAAAGAAGCAGAAGCAACAGUAAAGAUAACAUAAAGAGAGAUAAAUGAUUAUGAAGGAGAUGAAUUCGAACGGAAAUUAAAUUUACGAAACGAAUAGUUGAUGCAUCCCUUCGAAGCAAAGGUAAACACACCGAAAGGGGAAAAUGGAGCAGAAAUUGAAAAAUGAAGAAGGAUUUCAGAAAUGAAUGAUGUUUCUUUCAAGCAUUUUAAUCAGCUAAUGAAUAUCGAGCUCUUGUUACCACUUCCGUUAUUAGUUCAGUUCUUUUAAGUUCUUCAUUAUCUUCAUUUUACACCUCUUAUUAUCUGUUCAUGGAUAGAAUGAUCUGUGAAUGAUCGAGCAUCACACGCACCUUUGAUGUAUUCGCAUUGGUUGACUCGCUGACGCUUUGUCUCGUUUUCAACAAUUGGCUGUUAAUGUUGUAGGAGCUUGCAGCAUCGAAGAAAGCGCUCGAUACACUUUUGCGACGACUUCUAAGCAACCUAUCCGCCUCGAGACGGAGCGAUCAACUUUACCAGAUGAUGCAUCGUCAUCAGUCGCAAUUGUGUUGUAUUGUUAUUGUCCGCCAUUACUGCACGCGUUAGCUCUGUAUGUUUCGUUGUUACUAUUGGCGCAGUGCAAGUGUGCAAUUGUUUGCUAGAUUAGUCGUUUUAUUCCGGGCACUUGCCAUCUCUUUUAAUUUUCAUCAGUCGCUUUAAGAUCGUAAGCUUUUACAUGUAAAUCUAGAAUUUAAACGAAUUGUCACAUUUUAAUCCAGUUCUACUUAUCUAGUUCCAAUAGGUAUCGUUUAAUCCGUAAGUCAGGAAGCUAAUAAUCCGAAUAAGAAGUUGUUAUUGUGUGCUUUUAAGAAAGAAAACCGCCAGGAUGUCGAUUUUAGUUCAAAUGUUCUAGUUGCUCGUAGAUGACCACGUGAAUCGUCCGACAGAUUGAUACAUUCCGUACUCCUAUUAAUCGCAAAUUAACGGCUUUCAGGACUAACAUAUUCGCAACUGUGAAGCUGCGUAAGACGAAGACUAACGACCGCUCGGCCCCAGCACUGUCAUGAGACAAACCCUUUCUCUAGAUCACGCGUUUUUCGCGCUAGUAGCGAUCCACGCUACGGAGACGGGCGGGUUUCUCUUGUUGAAGAAGUUCCUUCGUCGCGCAGCUCCCUCCGCGAGAUGAGAAUCGACUGCCACGCGAAUCAUCUGUCCGCGAAUUUCUUUUCAAGUACGACGCUAACUCUUUCCGUAUCUACGCGCUGCGGAAUCACGCUUUCUACCAUUUCUUCUCUCUUCAAGUAUAUCAACACACGGCUCUGCCGCAUAAAAGAUUACAGCAACGUCGCUGCAAUGAUGCCGCAAGCUUUCUGUGUUGUAUUGUGAGCUUGUAUAGAAUCAUGGAAAAUCAGCCGGAACACUGCGGAGCAUCAUGUGGAAAUAGCUAGCAGGUUUCCCAUGGUGUUGAAUGAAGCGUUAACACAGCUCCGCAGUGUCGGGUGAAGGAUUUAACAUCGUCAUUGCGUCGACACAAUUGUACCGUGUUAAAUAAAGGAUUAACACUGAUGAUUGUGUUAAUAUCGCGAUCGCGCGAUAUGUUAAAGCGUGAACGCGCUCUCGUCUUAACUGCGUUAACACAGUUUCGCAGCGUUAACUGUGCGAUAACACAGUUCUGUAUUGUUGAAUGGAAAGCUCACAGCAAAAGCUCGAGUCGAGUUUGUUAUCUACAAAUGUCCACAGUACUUUAUAUCUGGAAAAUCCUACGAACGAUUGAAUUCCCUCCAUCGUUUUCCGACGAUGAAAAGUAGAAUUUUUCUGGUAACCGAACGAGCCAAAAUCAAUACAAAAGAUUGUUGGAACUACUGCAUUUAUUCCCCCCCAAAAAUCAUAUUUGAUAAUAAAAAUUAACACUCUUAUACAUUUAUUAUAUACAUAUAUUUCGUACCGAAGGGGUUACACGAUCGAUUUGAUAGAUUCGGAUUUUGUGUGCAACACGUCGUUUUGAAGUGUUUUUAAACGUUUUUCGAUACGCAUCUUAAGAUAGAUUUAGGUUUAAAGUAAUAUUCUAGCGUAAUUUAUAGCGUAAACGCGAAACCAAGACGUCCGGACUGGAAGGUGCAAGGCGGGUUUUAGGGCAACCACAUUUUGUAACUUAAAGUAGUUAAGCGUACGUGCAAGCGCCAGAAGACGCAGAUGUUCUUUUUUUUAAAUAUAUUAUGAAUAAUAUAUUAUAACGAUACACAUAAUAUACACAUAAAAGAAAUUGCCCGAAUGUAAUUCUGGCAAAUUGGGAAUUAGGCUAGAUUAAAUGAAAUUGUUGUAAUAAGAACCAUGUAUACAUUGCAUAUAUGUUAUAUAUAUUAUAUAUAUUAUUGUUAUUA